UGCGGGAACAGCGAGCUCGCGGGACGCCAUCUUUAAACCCCAACAGAGAGGCCAACUACGCUAACAGCAGAUGAACCGAGAUGAAAAACACUGUCCUUCCUCCGGCGGAUUAUUUCCACCCACAGCGGGGUAGCGGAGCGAACCGUGCGCUCGCCCGCCACUUCGAAGAAUAACGGGGGCGCCGUGCCAUGGGAGCGAGCGGACGAGAUGAGCGGACGGCGUUUUGCAGCCUUUUAAGACGGUUGUCAUCAUAGGCGGCCAACAACAAUAGACAGAAAGACAACAACAACGCACUAGCAUGCUAACGUGCUGAAUGCGAACAUUAGCUGCUACGUCGUUGAAAACAUAUCGAAUUAAGAUUAACUUGAACCGGACGCUUUCCACGGAAGGCACCGGGUCGUUUGGACUCACACAGGGGGAGCCAGAGCGACAAGUUGUCAUUACUGGAGUCAUAAAAUAAACCUGGAUAUAUAUAUUUUUUUUCAUUUCAACUUUUGUUUUUGCUUGUGGCUUAAGCUAGCUGCGAGCUAAAGCCCCGGUUUCUUUUCCCCCUCCCCAAGCGGCCCGGCCGGAGAUGCGCGGAAGAUGUCGGUGUCGGGGCUGAAGGCCGAACUGAAGUUUUUGGAGUCUAUUUUCGACCCAAAUCACGAACGAUUCCGGAUCAUCGACUGGAAGCCCGACGAGCUUAGCUGUCAGUUCAACGUAACCGGGGAGAAGCUGCUGAUUAUCCACUGUAACAUAACGGAGUCCUAUCCAUCCACACCGCCUAUUUGGUUCGUGAAUUCUGACGACCCCAGCUUGGCACAAGUUUUGGAGCGUCUGGAGGAUGUGAAAAAAGGCAGCACCUUGCUGUUGCAGCAGUUAAAGAAGCUGAUUUGUGACCUCUGCCGGCUGUACAACCUUCCUCAGCAUCCCGAUGUGGAGAUGUUGGACCAGCCGCUCCCCGCCGGCCCUGUUGCACAAGACAGAAAGCAUGGGACAGAGGAGGUCACGUCAGAAGAAGAAGAGGAAGAGGAAGAGAUGGGAGAGGACGUCGAGGACUUGGACCACUAUGAAAUGAAAGAGGAGGAGCCCGUUGAAGGCAAGAAAUCCGAAGACGAUGGCAUCGAGAAAGAGAAUCUGGCCGUCCUGGAGAAGAUCAGGAAGAACCAGAGGCAGGACCAUUUAAAUGGGGCCGUGUCCGGUUCCGUGCAAGCCUCGGACCGCCUGAUGAAGGAACUCCGGGAGAUCUACAGGUCUCAGAGUUACAAGACAGGCAUCUAUUCGGUGGAGCUGGUCAACGACAGCCUGUACGAAUGGCACGUCAAAUUACGAACUGUCGAUCCAGACAGCCCCUUACACAGCGACUUACAAGUCUUAAAGGAAAAGGAAGGAAUGGAUUACAUUUUACUGAACUUCUCCUACAAAGAUAAUUUCCCUUUCGAUCCUCCAUUUGUGCGGGUUGUGUCGCCUGUGCUGUCUGGGGGCUAUGUUCUUGGAGGAGGUGCCCUGUGCAUGGAGCUUCUCACCAAACAGGGUUGGAGCAGUGCCUAUUCAAUUGAGUCUGUCAUCAUGCAGAUCAAUGCCACUUUAGUCAAAGGAAAAGCCAGAGUGCAGUUCGGAGCCAACAAAAACCAGUACAAUCUAGCCAGAGCACAGCAGUCCUACAAAUCCCUCGUCCAGAUCCACGAAAAGAACGGAUGGUACACACCCCCAAAGGAGGAUGGCUAAUAUUUUUCUCCUUCCUGCUCUGGAUUUAUUUUCCUUGCGACCAACUUGCCCCACACACCCCUCUCCCAAUUUUUUUUUUUUUACGGUUUUGAUUGUUGAGUGAACUUCAAGCCAAAAUUCCUCAUCCGGUGACCAACCAACGAGAAACAAGAAGCACAUAAGCAAAUAUAUCACACCCCUCUGCUUUGGACGCCGAUGCUGCCGUCGUAUAUUUAUCUCCUGAUGGAAACUAUGAACUACAGAAAACGGCUGGCGUCGGCCAUCACCGAGGCUCCUUUUUAACGGGACGCCGCCUAUUUGGCUGGACCACACCACCGCGGUGGUGAUCAAUGGCAUUUCUCCGGACCUUCUACAUUAUGGCGAGCCAGCUUGCAUUUGGACGUCUUUUCAAAGCCCGAAGGCCUCAGAGGAAGAGAACAUAGACACCUCGAGCCUGAUGUCGAGAAUUCCACACAAAUAAACGGACUAAAUAGGACGGCGUCGGCAGCCCCACACUGUAAUCUAGCUGCUUUUAACGCCCAGUGUAAUCAUGUACAUUUGUAUUUCUGCAAGAGGAUGUUUAUAAUGUCACCCCGACUCGGGUCCUCGAGGCUGUGUACACACACUCGUGUGCGCUGCGACCAUCGACAGCAGCUUUCCUCUUGGAAUGAAGAAGUUGCCACACGGUUACUCUUGCAUAAGGAAACUAAAGUACGCCAUAUUCUUAUGUAAGACUAAUGACUACUGCAUUUGUUUUUCUUUUUAAUAUGAAUUGGAUAUCCGGGUGACAAUAGCCUCUUUUACACAGAAAGCCUGAAAAAAUCAUCGGAGCAGUUGAGACUUUAACUGGGAAAUAUGUCAGUAUUACCGUAAUCUUCUCACUUUCUGUCCGGAGGUUUCUGAAUACCUUUGGUAUCCUUCUUCUAUCACGGCUCUGAUACUACCUCCAAACGAUGACAUCAUGGCCACCUUUCCGUGUCGGCGCCGUUCAAACUGAGAUACGAUACAUGACGGGAACAUGCUGACUUUUGCAGGCUGUGUAAAAGGGACCAUUGAGCCCUUUGAUUGAUGGCGCCUCUUUAUCACGGCUGUCCCUGGCAUUCCCGAGGCUUUUGGAAUAUAUAUUUUUUUUUUGUCAUUCCUCAAACCGGAUGAACCUCAAUCAGGCUAUGCAUCUAAUCGUCUUUGAAUCGGUCUGCUUAGUUCUCACAAGCCACAAGGCCAAUUCGUUCUUUGUGGACAUCUGAUGGUGGGGAAACAAAAAGUGACCUCCCCGAGUUGUCCUCAAUGAUCUUUUCCUUUUCCUCAACUCACUGCAAUAGUCUAAACUUUACACCUCACUUCUAGCGAAAACUCUUUACGCAUUUGCGAUGUUGAGUGAUCCCUUCUACGUGUUCAUUCCAUGUCACGCACUCCCAUCAUGGAUAUUCAGUGCUGUUACUAACUUUGUUUUAAAUGAGGAUGUUCUCAAAGGGCAGCAUAGGAAACUUCAUCGCAAGUUGUGUUUGGACAGAAAUCGCCGCCCCUCCCCGUAUCAUCGAGUGGACGUUUUCUAGAACGGCAUAGACGCAAUCCGUGUUCAUGCUGACAUCUUGUGGGGUUGCUGGGCCCAAACUCAGGAAUACAUAUCACAGACGUAGCUACGGAUCUCGAAAAUGCAGAUUCCGAUCAUUGACGUACGUGCGAAUAGAACCCAACUCCAACAAGUUUCGGAAAGAUGAAGCGAGGCUUCGUUGGGUGGAAAUCUAACAUCUGUACAUUGGCGAUAUCCGUGUGGAACAGCGUCGUCAUUCCUCAAAGACUUCAAACUUAGUCAAGACACACUUUCAUCACAUUCUGGACUUGUUUUUAAUUGAGCUCCAGUUGCGUCUCAGCACUUGGCAACGAUUUCGUGUUGCCCUGCGCGUAGAACCAGGUUAGAAGAACUUACAAAUUGCUACUCAAUAUCUUUAAGCCCGAAUCUGAUGUGCACUGAAAGCAGACCCGACAAUUCCCGAGACCGACUCCGAUCCAAAGUCUGAACCGAUUCCGGUUUUAUGUUCCACAAAACCGUGAUUGUCCCUUGGCUUUUUAAGUUAUGCACUGGUGAGCAUGCAUUGCAUUUGGUUUCAAUUUUUUUGUUUUGUUUCCCCCACUGCAAGGGUGAAUUUGACCAUGUAAAGUAAUUUGUGAACUUGCAUCAAGUUUAUGAAUAAAGAAUUAAAUAAUAA